AAACCAACCGAAGUUUGCGUCAACUUCUACGGAAGAAUGGACAUAAACGGCACCAACUCUGCAGGAGCUAUGUCCGGUUGCAUCAACAUGAUGGCUUGUGGGGCUUUUGAUUGCUCAACACCUGAGGCCAUCGCUUCCAUGCGUAACGAAUCUGGUCUUAAUGUUACAUCAUGUGACAGCUACCAGUGCUGCCAUAGUGAAGGCUGCAAUGUACCAUACCAAGGUCCAUUAUGUUACGAGGGACUUGCCGAUGAAACUGUCGGCCAAGUUCAAUCAAAACGUUGCAAAUUUGGGGAAUCCUGUUCGACUUAUUAUGUUUCUGGAACUUUCCAGGGAGCUGAGAAAAAGGGUGCUUUGAUGGGAUGCACUGAUACCAAUGUAUGUGGUUUGAACUGCUCAGACCCAGCAUUCACUGAUGGUCUUCGGAAUGAACUUAAUGGAACCGGUAUCGUUGUUUCAUCAUGCAGUGAACUGAGAUGUUGUAAUAAUGGGGAACUCUGCAAUGUUCCAGUGCUUAAUGGCCCAUCAUGCCCAGUUAUCGCUGACAACGAUCUCCCACUGUACCCUCAAUGCACAGUACGUACUGCAUAUGAGAAGGCUUCCAAAUGCAUGUCAAUGUUCCUCAAGCAUGCUCCAUUUACGAGCCAAGGCAUGUGCCAAACAAAAGUUCGUAGCCGCAGCUCACUGUAUGGCUGAAGUAAUGACAACCUGCCAACAAGGAUUCUGUAAUAGUUUCUUUGCUUUCAUCCCAGGAGCAAACAGCAUGAUUGAGAUGAUGGCGAGUGGUCUGCUUGCCAGUAGUGGUGACAUCGCUACCAAAGUAUGCAGUGGUGAAUCCAUGUCCGACAUGAUGUCCGGUAUGAUGGAUAUGACUGGCAUGAAUGGUGUGUGUGAAGCUUCAUUGAUGACUGAUGUCAAACAAUGGAUGAAGGUUUUGGAACAAAAACAUAAAGAAGCAAAGACACAUGAAGAUAUUUGCAGCUCAACUGAACAAUACUUCUCCUUGUUGAUCAAUGGAUUGAAGACUCGUUGCAACGUAGAGAAGGUCCGUGACUUCCUGCCCCAGCAACCCAUGUUGGCUGAUUACCUCAUCAAGUUAUCAAAUAUCAUUGUUGAGUUGAUCUCUAACGACCAAGUUCCUGGUUGCGAAGGUCCCAAAUGUAUUGUUGGCAUCACAAAGAAAGGGGAACCAGCCCCAUCUAAGGUGGUGGAAUGUCGUUACAAUGAAGUUUGCAGCACAAUGUAUGGAACACUUGAUAUGAAUGGAGUGAACGAAUCCGGUGCAUUGUCUGGUUGUACUGACAGACGAGCAUGUGGAGAAUGGGAUUGCUCAACACCUGAAGCUCUUAUUGCAAUCAGGAACGAAUCAAAGUUGAAUGUUACAUCAUGUGAUGGAUUCAAAUGUUGCACCAAGGAUGGUUGUAACGUCCCAUUCCAAGGCCCAAUGUGUUACGAGGGGAUUGCAAACUCAACUGAUGGUUACCUUAACCCAAAGCGAUGCGAAUUUGGCGAAGUAUGCAGCAUCUACUAUGGGACUAUUGCUAACGAGAUGGGAGAGGUUAAGAACGGAGCGUUGCUUGGUUGCCAGAAGAAGGAAGUUUGCAAACUUGAUUGUUCCACGCCGGAGUUCGUGGCCGGUAUAAGGAACGCAUCCAAUCUCGAUGUUCGAUCUUGUGAUAAAUCAAAAUGUUGUGAGAUAGACGAUCUUUGCAACGUUCCCAUCUUCCAUGCGGAAACCUGCCCUGCAAUUGUUGAUACUGAUCUUGCAUUAUUCUCCAACUGCACACUUCGUACAACUUAUGAGAAAGCUACACGUUGCAUUGCUCUCUUUAUGAUUGAAGCUCCUUACAAAUCUACAACUGUGUGCAAAUCAAGAUACGCUUCAACCGUCAACUGCUUGGCCGAGGUGAUGUCGAAGUGUCAAGGAGGUUUCUGUGAGAGUUUGUUCGCUUACAUACCCGGUGCCAGGGAAGGAAUCAAAAUGGCAGUAGAGAUGAUGCGCAUGACCGCCCACGCUGAAGCCGAGAAAGUCUGCAGCGGAAAUUUCCUCAAUGACAUCAUGGGAGGUGUACAACCACCAUUUGGUAUUGGUGAACCUGUAUGUGAUAACAUGGUGCUGGACGAUAUGCAUCACUGGGUUGUGUUGCUCAUGAAGGAACAUAUGACAGCUGAUACACAUGCUGACAUCUGCAAAUCCACCGAGGAAUUUUUCAGCAAAGUUAUCACAGCAGUGAAGACGCGCUGUAACUUUAACGCAAUUCGACAACUGUUGCCACGAGAACCAGAGUUUGCCGAGUAUUUGAUCAAGAUGAGUAACAUUAUCGUGGAUUUGAUUUCAAACGACAAAGUUCCUGGGUGCCAAGGCGAAGUUUCAAUGGCAUCGUGUCCAGCUCUCUCACCAAAUGCUUGCGGCAAAGAAAUGAAAGAAGCUUGGUUGUGCGACUACAUUUCAUGGAGGAUCACAUUGGUCCACAAGUGGGCACCAGAGUUCCUCAGAUGGAGUGCCAGCAACACGAUGAUGGAGAUUGAUAUGUCGGAAAUGCCGGAAUGUCGCGAACUCACCGUGGAAUGUAAGAACAAGGACCAAUACUCCAAAGUUAAAGAUAUGUUCGGUUGUGAAAUUCCUUUCUGUAAAGAUGGCAAAUAUUCUGGUGGAACCAACUUAAGCAUCUGGAAACAUGAUCACAUGUUGUGGCGUAAAGCUUUCUCCGUGUGGCAAGCUGCCCAGGCUUAUGGUGGUGAUGAUAUGUGCUAAGUGAUGUCAUAAUACCAACUCUCAACACACAAUACUAACCUUUAUAACAGACCUACUGUAGCAUGAUUGUAAUUAUAGAUUUAUAAUUCGUGCCUGCAAACUUAUUUUGCAUGUUCUUCAAUAAAAUCACUUUCAGAUUA